AUGGAGAUUGACGGAGAUGCAGGUCAUGCCUUGAGGGGCUCACGUGGCUUCAAGCAUGUGCGUGUCAAGUUCAGGGUUCUGACCCACGCAGAGAAGAAAGAGGGAGAGAACGAACGACGCGAGGAAGAGGAUUACCAGCAAGAGACGGCAAAGCAUGCGGAGGAAAAUUCGCACGAGCCGGGCCUGCCAAUACACACGACCCAACGAGAGGAGAAGCUGCACAAGAAGUCGUCCGAGACCAAAAACAACCAAGACGGCAAACAAUCUGGAGACGAAGAUCUUGAGACAGGCUGUUCCCGCUUUCAGGUCCGGGAUGCACAGGGUGGAAACGACGCCCAUCACAUCAUCGAGAUCGGGUUCUCAUGGUCAAACGAUUCGACACACGAAGGCCGUGGUGUCGUCGACUUCAUCAAGGGUGCCCAAGACCAAAAGACGAAGCUGACCCGCUACACAUUCACUUCAUCCUACGCCAAUGCCAAGCCCAUGAAAGCACGUCUUGCAAAGCAUGGUGCCAAAGUCAUCAAAGUGCUCAAGCAGCUUAUCGAGCCGACGGACGGCAAUAACUCCAUCGUCCUCGACGUAUGCCCUUUCGACAGAGGCGUUGCUAAGGCACCAAAGAAGAAAGACUCAAAGCAAGAGGAGACCGCCGCUGUGCACUUUGACCCCGACCCAAACUUCCUUGCCAUGGAAGUAUUGCCGCCGGGUGGAAGCGGGUACCUCCUGGAGACAAUGUUCAACCUGCAAUACAACUUCUUCCGCCACAAGCACGGAGAGAUGGAGAUAAUUGCAGGCAACAUGCCACCGACGUCAGUCAUGAUGGCACAGCAACCUCCUCGCCCGAUGACAUCGAUGCUCUUGCCACAUACAUACACAUUUACAAAUUUCGAGGAAGCAGCGACGCAGUUGGCAUGGCACGCUGAGCAGUUCCAAAAGCAAGCGAUCGCUCUGAAGCUUUUCAAUUCAGUCCGACACAGCUGUUGUUCAAAGCUGGGCAAGUCCUGGUGGUCGCUUUACAGUUUGGCAAGUUCACACCCGCCUCGGCGACCAGGGCAAUGA